CCAAAAAAUGUCAACUAUUAGCAAAUGAUGUCGGACCGACCGAACCUGCAGCGCACGCUGCUGCUGGCCAGCGACUGCCCCGCCAGUUGCCUCAAUGGGGUACCCGUGAUGCUCGGCAUCGACGAGGCUGGUCGUGGUCCGGUCAUGGGUCCCAUGGUCUACGGCGCUGCGUAUUGGCCCGUAGCUGACAACGACGCCAUGAGCGCGUUGGGCUUCGACGACUCCAAGGCGCUGAGCGCAGAGAGUCGAGCGCAAUUGUUCGAGAAGAUGCAGUCCACCGAGGGUCUCGGGUGGAUCGUUCGCUUGAUCUCGGCCGCCGAGAUCUCGGACAAGAUGCAGCGCCAGACCAGCAACCUGAACGAAAUGUCGCGUGACGCAGCCAUUCAGCUUAUUAACGAAGUGCAAAAGAAGGGAGCUGUGGUGAAGAAAGUGUUUGUGGACACAGUGGGCGACCCUCGUUGGUACCAGACCUUCCUGACCAAACAUUUCAAUGGAACCAUCGAGUUCCGCGUCGAAAAGAAGGCCGACAGUCUUUUCAAGGUGGUGAGUGCUGCGAGUAUUGCGGCCAAGGUGACGCGCGACCGCGUGAUCACCGACUGGAUGUGGGAGAGCCCUGCACUUGAACUCCCAACGGACUUUGGCUCCGGGUAUCCCAGCGACCCAAAGACUAAGGCAUGGUUGGCGACCCACGUGGACCAAGUGUUCGUGUUCCCCAACAUUAUUCGCUUCAGCUGGGGCACUGUUGAGCCGUUUAUUGAGAAGGCUGUCAAGGUCGAGUGGCCCCAUGGGAAAGAUCUCGAGAAGGCUAAUGCCCCGACCGGCACUCAGUCCAUCACGUCGUUCCUUGCCAAGCCUGUGCAAAAAGCAAAACCUGCCACACGCGCUGCCUUCUUCACACAGAGAAACAUGCAAGACGUAACCGACUUCUAGGCAAAUAGGUACAUGCAAAAAAAUGAGUCACAUUCUCGUGGCAAAACCGCCCCAUUUUUUCUUCACUCUUCUUCAUACAAAAACCAAGUCCU